UUUAUACUAGUAGCGGCCGUGUGUGGUCAACAAGUGCGUGGUGAGCAGGAUAGUGGAAAACAGGCGUACCUUUAAAACCAGUACAUUUAAUAUUUUCUCAUUCUUUGUCAAACAAGUAAUCGCGGUGAUUGAACUACACACCUGAUAGAUAUUUUUAUUCACUUCGACUAGUUUCCAUUUUUUCAUGUUUAUGUUUUGUCAAUAAAAAUUCAAGUUUGCAACGUUAGCUAUAAAACGUUAGCAUUAAGUGGAUACUCUGUGGUUCGCUAGACUAAGGUUAAUAAAUAUUUAUAUUUUUUGAUCGUUGUGGGGGCAAUAAUCAGGCUUGGAAAAUGUUGACACCAGCUGUGCUUCGGGAUCACGUGCCCUUUUUGCCUCCCAUAAGAAACACAGACAAACUUUUACACUCUGGAGAAAAAACUCGAGGAAGACUCUCUCAGACAUCAAAAAUCAGGCCACAGACUAAAGGCAAAGAACCCGAAUCAGCUAGUCAAAUGGAAGACGACAGCAAGAAAUACAGCCUCACUAAAGAUGAGGUAGCACUUUUCCGUAACUCUCACAAGCAGAGCGUGUGUGUGGCCAUGCUGCGGCAGGGGCUGCACCGCUCCUUCAGCGAGCUCCUGGGCCUGACCCACCGCUGGAACGCUGUCCGGGACGCUUCCGAGCGCGGCUCCGACAUCUGGGAGCAGCAGCCUCUGGAAGAGCAGGACCACAAGCUGGAUCAGCUGCAGCUCUGCCUGACCCGCGCAGAGGCCGCCCAGAGAGCAGGCCGCUAUGAGGAGGUGUAUGAGAACCAGGUGGCCCUGGCCUGCUACUUUGUGGAGCCUGAGGACAAGUGGCUGGCGCACCACUUCUACGAGCGCAGCCUCCUUUCCGCUGCCAUGGUGACGACGGACGGGGGGAGGAGAGAGGCGGAGGCCAACUCCAACAUGGGCCACGUGUGCACGGAGCGAGGUCAGCUGGAAAGAGCUCAGGCACAUUAUGAAGCAUUCCAUCAUCUGACAGAGGGGCGGGGCUGGGAGGACGAGGCGGGACGAACCCUCCACUCACGCGCCUGCCAGUGUCUCUGGAGGAUUUACACGCUGCUCGCCGACAACAUGCUGGAGAAUAAAGACUACCAGCCCGCCAUCCAGACCCUGACUAAAGCCUUUCUGUUGGCUAAAGAAGGAGGAGACAAAGCGGUGGAAGGCAAGGCCGCGUAUCGAGUGGGCCUGGCCUACCAAAGCGUGGGGGACCACGAAACCGCUGAAACGUAUUUGAAUCUGUAUAUGGACAUUUCGGCAGAUUUGGGAGAUGAUGAAAGCCUGGGAACUGCUUAUAAGGCCGUUGCAAAGUCUCUGGAAAGCGAAGGCAAACUUGGGGAGAGUGUUCAGUACCUGGAGAAGUUUGUGGAGGUGUCUCAGGACGAGAGCUUGAAGCACAACCUGGAGGAGGCCUGCAUGUGCCUGGGAGUGUUUUUCUGUUCCAGAGGCCAGUAUGACAGGGGCUGCCAGCAUUUCCAGCGCGCGUACGAGAUAGCGCAGAACCUGCACAGCGUGGCUGUGCUGCAGAAGGCGCAGGUGUACCUGGGCACCGCCAGGGCCUGCAUGAUGAUGAGCACCUACAGCAGCCACGUCGCCCAGGCCCGGCACGUCCACACCUGCCGGCUGGUGGCCUGGAAAGAGAGCCGCAACGACACGUUCGCCCAGGCAGACGGAAGCAGAGCAGAGGUGAUGGGGAAGGUUCCAGGGUCCCGUAGAUAAUGCACAGCAGGCGACUUAUCAGCAGCUUCUCAUUAAUGAUAGGAUCACAACCACGUUAAUCACCACCUGAAGCAUAUUACUUGUGCUUAUUUUUCUUUUAUUUGUGCUUGUGUAUGAGUCUCUGCAGUUAAAUUUGCUCUAAAGAAAUGUUUUUAUAUUAAAACCAGCCUGAACGUCAGAACACACAAUACUUUGUUCUGAUAGAUUAGAACUGGAAUUGAUCAUUAUCAUUUUCAUAUUAAAUGUACAACAUGCAAUAAAACACAUUAUACAGGGACACAAGUGUGUAUGUUGUCUUCGU